AUGGAAGUAAUAUCUCUCGGUCUUACAGCUCCAGCUGCCUUGAAUCAGGAUGUCGGCUCCGCUCCAAAGAAAAAGCGCACCAGGGAGGAGAAAGAAGCCAAGAGAGAAGCUAAAAGGUUAAAGAAGGAGAACCAAGCUGCGACUGCCCCUACAGAACCCGUACCAGCGGAUGAUGAUAUCUUCAACCAUCGGGAAAAAAAAGAUAGUCCGACGAAGGAGAGUCAGAAAGAAAGCAAGGAAGAGAAAGCCAGAAGAAAGACUGAAAAGGCUGAACGGAAAGCUAGGAAGACCAAUGGUGCUGCAACGCAAUCUGAGAAUGAUGGCAAGACAAUCAAGGCAAAACCGCAAAUAUCAUCAAAGAUAGCUGUACCUCCCAUUGAACCUCCUACCCAGACGAAAGUGACGAAGAGGGAAAAGUCCCAAACUACUCCGUUGAAAACACUCUCGCAAGCUGGCCCUUCUGCAUCGUCACAAUCACCUUCCAAACGACCUAUCCUGACCGCUAAACCCGUCAGACAACCGUCUACCCCAGCCAAGUCAUCGUCGCAGCGAUCUAGAUCGAAUACACCGAGAAGUAAAUCUGACGAGAAACCUGAUGACGCGACGUUGAAAGCUCGAUUGAAAGAUCAGAAAGCGGUUGAAGAGUGGUUAUCGAAUAAUUGGGUAUCCGAUGUUGAACUGAGGAGAUUGGAAAGAUUGGACAUCUUGAAGUAUAAAAAAGGCAAGCUCACGGAAGAUGAGAAAAUAGCAAUUAGGAAAGUACUUGAUACGUAUAAAAAGGUCAACCGACUGGAUGAUGAGAAAUUAAUAGAUACUAUCAUGGCGAAUACGACUACAUUCCCAACAGGUAGAGAUGGAUGGCAAGCAUUUUGGCUUGAGUUGGCUGGCGCUUGUCCCGGUAGGCCAGUUAGAUACGUCAUGAAAAUGGUACAGAGGAUGUAUGAUCCAAGAGGGCAUAAAGGUCAUUUCACCCCUGAAGAGGAUUCAAUGCUGAUCUCGGCGUACGAACUACAUCCUAACCAAUGGGGUAAGAUAGCCGAGAUAGUUGAAAGGACGUAUCACGAUUGUAGAGAUCGAUAUAUGAAAGAACUACAGCAUCGACAUACGCGUAACCAUGGGGAAUGGACCGAAGAGGAAGAACAAAAGCUUUUGGAAGCUGUGAAGAAGAUGAACAGACAGACGCAUAGAAAUGAGAUGGACAACGAAAAUAUACCUUGGGUUUUGGUGGUGAAGGAGAUGGGAGGAAUCAGGACGGUUGUGCAAUGUAGGAAGAAAUGGACGGAUGAGAUAUACCCUAGGAAAAAAUGGGGUUGGGAGAGUGGGCAUGAAAGAGAGAAUGAUUACAAGUUGGUCAGAAGACUUGAAACUCUCAAUUACCCCUCGGAGAAGCAUAUCAAAUGGAAAGAAGUACAGGAUGAUACAUUGAAGCAUAUGACAAAUCAUCAAGUCAGGCAGAUGUAUUAUCGAAUGAAGAAUAAGAUCGAAGACGCUGAAAAACUCACGUAUCCAGAAUUGGUUGAGCGAUUGAAAAGGAUUUGCGAGAACCUCGGACGGAUCAGUCGUAAGAAGAAGCCUAGUAGACCUGAAAUUGACACUUCUGACGAGGAAGACGAAUUAGAAGAGGAAGAAGGCGCAGCGAAGGAUGAGCAUGCUGAUGAGAAAGAAGACGAAGAUGGAAGUGGAUUGCAGGAAGAGCUGGAAGACAAGUAG